UAAUGACGUCAUGAAGUUACCGAAGUUGUUUACAAAUGGCGACCAAUUAAUGUCAAUUUAGAAGAUCGUCUGUACAACGUAACAAUCACACUAUCUAAUUCCUGCUGGUCAGGAUGGCAUCUAAAGAGAAAAUCAAGAAGAAGAAGAAGUCUCAUUCACCUGCUGUGAAGAGGAAGCACAAAUCACCGGCAAAGGUUGUUGAGGAUUUUAGAGAUGAGGAGGAAGAAACUAUUCAAGACUUGCAGGGUUCUCAAGUGUCUGUAAAGUCUGCGGCGCAUGAAAACAUCAAAGACAAUACAGAAAAGGAAGUUCAUUUUGCCCCUCAGUCCAGCAGUGGAAGUCCACAGACAAGUUCUUCAGAGGCAAGGAGGACAAAGAAAGAUCUGGUUGAGCAGAAGCUUGGCAAAGAUAAGUCAAAGAAAGAUGUGCCUCCAACCUCUCCCAUCACAGCCGUCCAGGUGGCCCAGGGUAGCACUGUCUCACUACGAUCAAACUUGUCAAGGGCUUCAAAAGAGGCUUGGGUAGAGACAAGCCCAAAGGAUGUUGCAGCUCACUCUAGGUCUGCUUCCGCCAGUAAAUCAUCGUCUCUAGUUAGCUUAAAGGAUGCUUCGGGACAGGAAAGCAACAAAGUGGAAGUGGAGGAGGACAGCCCAGAGAAGCAUGCCUAUGUUCCUUACCUGUACGCGCGCAACUGCAUCGCCAAGGUGAUGGAGGACAUGAAGGCUAUGAAGUCUAGCCACAUCAUCAUUGUGGAGAACAUACAGGAGCAGUACAGCAGCAUCGAGACUGAGACUCAGGAGCAGUUCAACAUGUUUGUUCUGUGCAUUCGUGAAGAGUAUUCCAAGAAGCGUAAGUGUUUCCGUCAAGUGAUCGAUGCUCAUCAGGUCGAGUUGGACAAGAAGGAGAAAUACUGGAACGAAAUGCUCACAAGUCUAGCGGAGAGGAACAAUCGGUUGCUAAGGGAAAAGAAGAUACUGUUGGUGCACAGUAAGACAGAGAUAGAGAGGCUGGAGAGAGAAAAGGUUGAGUUAUCCCAGAAAUUGACAGGGGCUCAAACAUCAGCAGUGGCUGUGGCAGCGGUACCCAGCGCCUGGGAGGAGGAGCGCAAGGUGCUUCAGGACAUGCUGGAAAGUGAGAAGGCCACAGUGGCCAGCCUGCGCCACCAGCUGACCAAUCAGGGGCCUCUGUCCCGCACUAUUGAGGCCGCGCCCACCCAGGGGAAGAAGGAGGUCGCUGUGGUUGAGUCAAAGCAGAUGGCUGCUGCAUCGGGGGCAGGAUUCAGUGGAGGAGCACUGGCUGCGGCAGGUGCACUGACCGUUGCCCGUGACAACAAGAAGCAAAUGGAGAAGGAACGCCAGGAAAUCGUGGAUGAGCGGGCAGACAUCGUCGCCGAGCGGGAGAAAUUUGAGGAGGAGAGAGCCAUAUUUGGUGUGGAGAGGACAAAAUGGUUGGCUGAGAUUGCAGCCCUACAGACUGAGAUGGGGGUUAAGAAUGUGAGUGGAGAGGAGUGGAAGGUGAAGUAUGAGGUGUUGAAGGGCCGGCUGGAGGAGGCUGCGGGUAUUCAGGCCAAGUACCUCACACUGGAGAACCAGUACCAGGCCCUGGCUCUGCUGGUCAAGGACUCAGACACCAAGGCUGCUAACCAGGUGGCCCUGCAGAAGACUUCAGAAGAGCGUCAGCUGAUGGCCAAAGAGAAGUCCUCCAUAGAUAAGGACAUUGCCAAGUGGGAGAAAGACUUUGAGAAAUCCAACGGCCGCAAGCCCUCUGAGGAUGACAAACCAGACAGUGUGAAGGAGAUGUACACAACCCGCAGCGAGGUUGAGUACAUGGUUACCUCCCUUGAGAAAAAAGAGAGCACCCUAAAGCAGGUGGAGAGUGGGAAGGUUCCGGAAGUACCCGAGGUGGUUCAUACCCCUAUCGACACCCGUGACCCAGAGGUGGUCACUAUACAGGUGAAGGUUCCCGACCCAGAGGUGAUUAGAGAGCUGGAGAGGUACCAGUCUGAGGUGGGUACGGUGAAGACAGAGGUCACCAAACUACAGGAGCACAUCACCACCCUGCGCACGGAGAUAUCUACCCAGAAUACAAUCAUCCAGACACAGAAGACGACCAUAUCCGAGUUGGAGCACAAGAUAGCCACUAUGCAGGCAGAGGGAGUCACAGGAGGCGUGGGCAUGCUGGCUGGAUCAUCGGUCUCAGAGGAGGAGCUUGAAAGGCUGAAGGAGGAGAAUCGUAAUCUCCGUCGAGACAUGAAGAAGAUCCUGAAGCAGUAUGAGCGCCUUGCUAAGAGUCAGGCCGACAGUGGACAAUCAGGCACGGUUGCCGAUGACGAUGCUAUGGCUACCCUUGACAACAAGAUUGCUGACCUGGAGGCAGAGAACGAGGCUCUGAAAUCAGAGAGACUCCUCUUGAGAGAGAAAGUCAAGACAAUCACGGAGACGAUCACGGUGACCCACUUUGAGGACAACAAGAAGUCCCUUGAAGAGAAGGACAGGAAGAUUGGUGACCUGCUCAAUGAGCUGACAAAACUGCGAGAGGAGAAUGUGUCCAUGGCGAAGGACAUGAAGAAGAUGUUCAAGACUCACAUGAAGACCAAGGCGCGCAUGGAGGAACUGGUGUCUGCAGAGAAGGCAGCAAGGCUACUGGAGAGAAUUGCCAUGCUGAUCCAUGAGAUCCACUUGGAGGUGCCAGCGGCUGCAUGGAAGGUCAAUGAGAGGCUGGAGGGCACACUUCCAGAGGUCAAGGCCACCAAACAGGUGCUGGAUGAGAAACAGGCAGCGUACCAGAAGUGGCUGGAUAAGUACCAGAAGAAACAUGGCAAGGCACCGGGCAAGGAAGACAGGGAUAAGGAAGGGGAGGAUAUUCAUGAUGACUGGGAGCAGGCCAAGUCAGACUACAAGGACAGACACCUGCACAUGUCUGCUUUGAAGGUCAUGCAGACUGGAGAGAUAUCAGAGGAUGUGGGUCGAGAUGAGACCGAAUCUAAAGCUGAGGUGGAGAUAGCAAGCCUGGAGAAAGCUUUGGCUGUCGCAGACAACCGAUUGAUUGACCUGGAGGCGGCGAACAAAAACGUCGCUAAUGACCGCGACCGAUAUAAGGAGAAGGUUGAAGAGCUGGAGAAGAUGCUAGAAGAGUCGAUGAAGCAGGUCGAGCUCAAUGCAGCACUGCUUGCUGACUCACAGAGCACUGCCGAGCUGACAGAACAACUGAAUGACCUGCAGAGGAAGUCUGACACGUUUGAGUCAGAGUUGAUGCAGGAGCGGAUGUCUCACGUGAACACAAGGGAUGAACUGGAGACUCUACGAAAGCAGCUUGGCACGGCCAAGGAGGAGGCAAACAACGAGAGACAAGGGGUGGAGACCCGCCUAGCUGCCGUCAGGAACGAGAUGGAGGCCAAGCUGAGCAUCAGGGAGGAGGAGCUUCAGGGCCUCAAGGACAGGAAUGGCAAACUGGAGGCAGAAAGACUGUCCAAGCUUCCUCCUGACACUGCAGCAGAGCUGAGAGAAAUGCAGGAUAAACUGAAACAAGUUGAGCAGGACUCCAACAGUUCCAAGUCUUCGUCUGCUGCACUGGUUGCCAAGGUCGCGGAGUUGACCUCUGCCCUUGAUGUGACCUCAAAGAACCUGGAGACCACACGUGCUGCUAACAGGGAACUGGAGGCAAAGGUGAAGGCAGGUCGCCAUGAGAAGGACCUGGAGACCAAGCGUGUCUCCAAGCACAUGGAGGAGAAGCAGAACAAGGCCGCCAGCGAGGACAAACAACGCAUCGCUCUCCUCGUAAAACGGGUCAAGGAGCUGGAGUCAGCUGCCGGGAAAGGAACGCCAGUGGUUGCUGCAGGGGCUGCAGCAGCAGGUGGGGCUGAUAAGGGCGAGGUGUUGAAGCUGCGUCGUGAGAUCAAGGACCAGGCAGCGGAGAUCAAACGUCUUGAGAAGGAGCUCAAGCUGGCCGGCCCAGGGGGCGCUGCUGUCUCUGCCAAGGACGCUGUGGCCGAGAAAAACAAGCAGGCCAAGCAAGAGAAAGUUCUCAAAGAGAUGGAAAAGAGGCUGGAAAUGGAGAAGGAAAAGUCUGAUAAAAUCAUGGAAGGCCUCAAGGCUGCUGAUGAUGAAAACAAAGAACUCAAAAAGGAGCUGGAGAGCCGUGAGAGGAAAGUGGAGAAGCUGACAGGGGAGUUGAAGACCAUUGGUCUGGCUGCUCGGGAGGGCAUAGAAGCUGCAGCCAAGGUGAAGGAGCUCACAGCAGAGCUGGAGAAACUGGGCGAGGAAAAUGUGGUCCUCACCAAGAACUUUGAGAGUGAACGGGUGCUGCGGAAGAAGUACUACAACAUGGUGGAGGACCUGAAGGGGAAGAUUCGAGUCUACUGCAGGGCUCGACCUAUGAGCAAGUCCGAACUCGACAGGGGUAACAAGAGCGUGCUCAACUCCUCUGACGAGUACAGUCUCGCUGUGCAAGCUCUCCGUGGGGUCAAGGACUUCCAGUUUGACUCGGUCUUCAUGGAAGACUCCACACAGGAGAAGAUCUUUGAGGACACUAAUAACUUGAUCCAGUCUGCUGUGGACGGCUACAAUGUGUGUAUCUUUGCCUACGGACAGACUGGUUCAGGGAAGACAUUCACAAUGAUUGGUGACCGGGAUCAGAAGUAUCCUGGCAUAGCACCUCGGGCAUUCAACAGGAUAUUUGAAUUGGCAGAGGAACAGAAGACAAAGUUUGUGAUGCGAGUUGAGACGUAUAUGAUGGAGUUGUACAAUGACAAACUGAUUGACCUGUUUGCCCGACCUGGCACUGUUGAUGAUGAGAAGCUGGAGAUUAAGAAGGACAAGAAGGGCUUGGUGUACGUGCAAGGGGCCAUUGUGAAGCCUGCGCGCAACUCAAAGGAGCUCUUUGCCCUCUUUGAGGAGGGUUCUACCAACCGACACGUUGCUUCCACAAAGAUGAAUGCUGAGAGCUCCAGGUCCCAUCUCGUCAUUGGCAUCAUCCUGGAGUCCACCAAUCGAAACACAGGCAAUGUCACCAGAGGAAAGUUGAGUCUGGUGGAUUUGGCAGGCAGUGAAAGAGUGGCAAAGACACAAGCAGGGGCAGAACAACUCAAGGAGGCCAUGUCCAUCAACAAGUCCCUAUCUGCCCUUGGCGAUGUGAUAUCGGCCCUGAGCAGUGACCAGCAGUUCAUCCCCUACCGCAACAACAAGCUCACAAUGCUCAUGCAGGACUCCCUUGGCGGAAACGCCAAGACCCUCAUGUUUGUAAACAUCUCCCCAGCAGACUACAACAUGGAGGAAACUGUUAUAUCCCUCACUUAUGCCUCAAGAGUGAAACUGAUCACAAAUGACGCAUCCAAGAAUGCUGACAACAAGGAAAUUGCCAGACUCAAGAAUGUUAUUGCCAAGCUGAAGAAGGGAGAAGCUGUAGAGGAGGACGUUGAGGAAGCAUAAUCUACAAGACAUGAUCCAAAUAGUCUUACACAGGAUUGCAAAGAAAUACAAUCUACUAUACGAACAUUUUUUACAAAGAAGUUUGUGAAUUAUGAUCAACCAGCUACAAACCAAAAUAUUGACACAGCAGCUAAAAAAAUAUGAUCUAUAAGAUUGAAACGGCAUAUUUGUGCAACAACUCAUUUAAUAGUGUUGUAAAAGUUAUUUAAUAUUCUUAUAUAAGAAGUGUUUUAAUAGAACCUUUUAAGAUUUAUAAAAUGCAUAGUAGUUUUUACUGAUAUACUUAACUAAGGAAGUCAGCUUUGUAUAAUACCGGUAUUUCUCUCUAUUCAAUGUAAAAGAUUUAUGAUAAUGUGCACUAUCUGGAUAUUGAGUUAGAAUAGAAUUAACUGUUUAUAUACCAGCAUGUGUAGAACUAAACUGUUUUGUGAUCAGACUUGUAAACACCAUUUUUUGUUUUUCAGAAAAUGUAAAUUGAUAUGCUGACUUUUAUAAAUACACCCUUUAUACUUGUUUCCAUAUUUUGAAACAUAAUGUGCAUGUGAUUCCGCUGUAAACAAUUAAGCUUGAUUUCAGGAUGUAAAUUUCUCAAUUGAACUUUUGCCAACGAUGUUUAUCAAACUUAAUUGAUUUUAAUGAUUUGUUUUCUAGGUUAAUGAUAAUCCAUAUAUAUUAAAAAAAUUAUUAUGAAUGCUACACAAAAAAGCUUUUUUAAAAAAUUUUAUGUCCUGAUAUUUACAUGAAAAUGUUUUAAAAAGAAGUAGAGUACAGUAUUUUAAAAAAAGUAUGUCAAUUGCCUUAACGCAUAAUGUGUUUGUCAAUAAAUUAGUUUAACAGACAUUAACUUAUACAAUGUAUGUUCAGUAAUUAGUAUGUAUGCUAUCUCAUAGCACAAUUAUUUAACAAAUGGAUUGAAAGUACAUUAUCUUAUUGUUCAUAUGUUUGUGUUACUUUUGACUAAUAUGCACAUUCUUUACUAGUAAAGGUAGUCAUAAACUGAUAAAUUUCACUGCACAUUGACCGGCAUAUAUUUUGAUGCUAAAUUUAGUAAAUUAACUACCAAAUCUGUCUUUUGUGAGAUUAACUUGUUUGAUUGCAUUUGAUUUUGAUUAACAUUUCUGUGAUAUCUUAUAUUUUUGCUUUUUUGUAGACAUUCUUAUAAUAUCGUCCUCAAUGUAAAUGAUAACUGUAUUAGUUUAUAUUUGUAAAUUAAUAACAUGAAUAGAAUAAACCUUUAAAUACUGGGGGUUGGUAUGUACUAUUGAUAACACAUGAUAGUUUUGCUUUUUUUGUUCUUAUUAUUUUAUUUGUUAAGCUAAGCUUUAAAAAAAACUUUUAUUUUUGUAAAUUUUGAUUUUUUCUUAAUGAGUUUUAUUCUAUUUUUGGUCUGUUGUCUCAAUGUCGAUAUAUAGUGAAUAGCAUCUUUAAUGUACUUCUUAUUAUGUAUAAAAAGACCACUUAUGUGGCACUCAGAAAGUUGUUUGAGGUGUGUGUAAAGAUUUUGUAUUUACAUUGUGGCAGGUCCGUCCAUGUUAUAUACAUGUAUUGUGAUAUAUUUGUGUGUUAAGUGAAUUUCGGCUGGUCCUAUUGUGGUUUGCAAACUUUUAUAUUUUACUAAACUUAUCUAUUGUUGGCAAGCUAAUUUCUUGCCAUGUACUGGAAAGAAAAUAUUCAUUGUUUUAAUUAUUGCUUAUUUUGUCCAUCCAUUUAGACAAUAAAACAUACAUAAUUAUGUCUUGCAUUUAAUGUAACAGAAAGGAUAAAACUACUGCAGAAAAACAUUACUGUUGAUUUUAUUAUUGUUAUUAUCUUUCUUUUUCUCAAUAAAAUUUCUUUAAAAUA